AUGAACCCUUCUCCGUCACUUCCGGCCGGUGAAAACGCUUUGGCGCAGAUCACGGUGUCCAGCAGGAUACCGGACUUCUGGAAGGAGUCCCCACGCCUGUGGUUUGCCCAAUUCGAGGCGGUGGUGGCCAAUCAGAAGCUGGCCGACGAAUCACGCUAUAACUUAGUGAUAGCAAAGCUAAGCCGCGAGCACGUCGAGCAGGUCAGUGAUAUUGUAUUAACGCCUCCUGACACAAAGAAAUACGAAGCGCUUAAAACUCGACUUCUCGUUGUUUAUGAGGAGUCUGAAGUUCGACAGGUCCAGAAGCUGCUGAAGGAACUGGAGCUAGGCGACCAGAAACCCUCCCAACUACUCAGGAGGAUGCGAGACCUGGCAAAGAAAAAAUUCAAUGAUGAAACAUUAAAUAUGCUGUGGAUGGGGCAUCUACCAUCAGCAGUACAGGCAAUUCUGACGGUGAGUGAAGUGAAAGAUCUAGAGAAACUGGCUGGCAUGGCAGAUAAGGUAGUCGAAACGACCCGAUUUGCUGAGAUCCAGGAGCUGUCAUGUAUGCGGAGCAGUGCCGUACCCAGUUCAUCAGCCACGCAGGCUACCCUCGUUGAGCAGAUAGCUCAGCUCACGCGGCGCUUGGACAACAUGGAGACGUCGAGGUCAAGAGGCAGGUCAGUUGGUCGUAACGGAUGGAAGUGUCAUCGCUCUGCGUCACGAAGUCGCGACCGGUCUGAACGCGUAAGGAGAGGAGACCCUAACUGGAUGUGCUUCUACCACUUCCGGUACAAAGGAAAGGCCAACAAGUGCAUUCAGCCUUGCGCAUGGCAGAAGCAGCAGGAGUCAGAAGCAGGAAAAAACUAG